AUGGUCAACAGCUGUAGGGACUUCGGAGUAGGCGGUAACAUCGUCUUUAUUGGUUUCAAUUUUAACAACAGGUUCUUGUGAUAAGGAGGAAUUUUCUUCUAUAGCGCACAACUGACCCUCCUUCUUUUCAGUUGUGCUCUUCAAAAACUCGGCGGGCAUCGUCCAUCUUUUUGAUUUCCGCCAGUCGGAUCUUGCAGUAGUGCUUUACAUGGCCGGGUUUGUGGCAAAACCAACAAUUAUCGUCCUGGUCUCUCUUAUGAUACUCGGGCUUGCGGUAACCGGGACGCGGUUUUCUCCCUAUGAAGUCAAGGUCCAUCAUAUCAGCUUGCUGGGGAAGCUUGGGGCGGACCACAGAAGGAGCACCAACUCGUUUGCCACUUUCGAAGGCCAAAGCAAAGCGGACAGCUUGGUCGAAAGACUGAGGAUCGCGGGUAAUCACAUGGAUACGGGUGUCUUCUUGUAGGCCAUGAGUAAAACGAUCGAGAGCUUCAUCGUCGGACACAGCAACCACUUCCAAAAGGACAUCGUGGAAAUCAUCAACGUAUUUUUCCACCGAUCCAGUCUGACGAAGGUUCGCCAAACGAUCACGGGCAUCACCAUAGCGUUCAACAGAGCGGAUCCAUCCAUCAAUGAUGGAUGCGGAACGUUCACCAGAGUAGGUAUCAGGUUCACGGACACGGAAUUUCGGGGUGGAGGUCUUAGCCUUGAGGGCCUCCUUCACGGCCGCAGCAACAAU